UUUUCCGACUUCCGAACAACAACAACACGCCCGACCGACUUUUAUUACAAUAACCAGUUCCCCUUUUUUUUUCCGUGUCAGAUUCAAAUUUCAUGCUCAUACUUUCAGCCUCGUGUGACAUUUACCUCUGCUCCUCUUUGUGUGACGGGGACGUCCAUCGAGGAGCCGCUUCUGUGUUUUCAUCUUUUUCUGCGAGAUUUCCUAUCUGGCACAUGCAUCUUUAAUGGGCCACUGAGUCUGCGGCAGAAAGAGAUUUUGGGUGCCGUGAAUUCCCGCGAGUCCAAGUGUCGUGGGCAGAUUUAGCCCUGACAUAAUUUCUUAGCAGACGCGUUGUCCCAGUUUUAAGCGGCCGGUUGCGCCUUAAUGUCGGCGUGAGAUGUAAAACGAACACGGCACGGAGGCGUGUUGUGGCUGAGAAGCUGCGUUUCAGAGCCUCCUGUGAGAAAAAAGACAUGUAAAGGCAGGCAGUUCAGUGCAGAGGCAGGCACCAUGUCCGCCCCCACAAACCCAGAGGUGAAGGAACUGAACCCUGUCGACUUCAUCCAGCUGCAGCAGUACAUCGAAUACUGCAGCGUGAAGGUGAAAGAUGUGCUGAGGCGAUUCGACGCAGACGGCAGCCUGGCCCGGCACAGACACGGAGAGUGCAUCAACGAAGAAGGCUUCCGUCUCUUCCUGAAGACGUAUUUAGAAGUGGAGGACUUCCCCGCGGCCCUCUGCCAGCGGCUCUUCCGCUCGUUCCAAAACUCCGAACCCGCCCAGGAAGACAGCACCAAGGAGGUUUUUCUGAAGGAUGUUUCAUGUUACUUCUCGCUGCUGGAGGACGGCCAGCCCCGGGACAAGCUGGAGUUUGCCUUCAAGCUCUACGACAGAGAUGGCAACGGCGUCCUCGACAGCUCUGAAGUGGACAGGAUUAUUGCUCAGAUGAUGCACGCGGCGGAGUACCUUGGCUGGGACGUGUCCGAGCUGAGGCCGGUUCUGAAGGACAUGAUGACGGCGAUCGACGCUGACAGCAGCGGCACCGUGUCCCUGGAGGAGUGGGUGGAGGGGGGCAUGAACAACGUCCCCCUGCUGGUGCUGCUGGGACUGAAGAUGACCCAGAAGGACGGGCAGCACCUGUGGAGGAUGAAACAUUUCAACAAGCCCGUCUACUGCAACGUGUGCCACAGUUUGCUGCUGGGCCUGCGGAAGCAAGGCCUCUGCUGCACCUGCUGCAUGUACACGGUCCACGGACGCUGCGCCAACAAGAACCCGGCGCCGUGCACCCGAACGUAUGUGAAGUCCAAGAAAGAGACGGGGGUUCCGGCGCACGACUGGGUGAGUGGGAACUGCGACUCGAGGAAGUGCGAUAAGUGCCAGAAGAAGAUCAAGAGCUUCCAGGGCUUAACGGGCAAACACUGUGUGUGGUGCCACACGAUGCGUCACGACGACUGUUCGGACCAGGCGCCGACAGAGUGCUCCUGCGGGCCGCUCAGGGACCACGUCCUGCCUCCGUGGGCCAUAUAUCCCGUUAUUAAGGAGAGACCCAACAACGUAAAGAACGGCUGCUCGGCCUCAGCGGACGACAGCGAGCUCAACACCACUCCGGACGGACAAGUGCUUCAGAUCUGCCCCGUGCCGAACACCCAUCCUCUCCUGGUGUUCGUCAACCCCAAAAGUGGAGGCAAGCAGGGGGAGAGAGUCCUGCGGAAGUUCCAGUAUUUGCUGAAUCCACGGCAGGUUUACAACCUGUCCAACGGCGGACCAGGACCAGGUCUGAGCUUCUUCAGACACCUGCAGGAUUACAGGAUCCUGGUUUGCGGGGGCGACGGCACCGUCGGCUGGAUUCUGGACGCCAUAGACAAAGCCAACCUGCUGGUGCGGCCGCCGGUCGCCGUGCUUCCUCUGGGAACAGGAAACGACCUUGCGCGAUGUCUGCGAUGGGGAGGAGGAUACGAUGGCGAGGACCUGAGUCGUAUCCUGAAGGACAUCGAGGGGAGCUCCGAGGUGCUGAUGGACCGCUGGAGUGUGGAGGUCGUCACGGACGAGAGUCAGGAGAAGGGCGACCCGGUGCCGUACGAGAUCAUCAACAACUACUUCUCCAUUGGAGUCGACGCCUCCAUCGCCCACCGGUUUCACACCAUGAGGGAGAAACAUCCCCAGAAAUUCAACAGCAGAAUGAAGAACAAGCUGUGGUAUUUUGAAUUCGCCACCUCGGAAACCAUCUCCGCGUCCUGCAAGAAGCUGAGCGAGAGCCUAGUAAUCGAGUGCUGCGGGACGCCCCUGGACCUCAGCGGCCUGUCUCUGGAGGGGGUGGCUGUGCUCAACAUUCCCAGCAUGCACGGCGGCUCCAACCUGUGGGGCGAGACCAAAAAAGGGGACGCCAAGGGGGCGGCGAGUCCGAAAGAGCCGGAGGUGAUCGUGGACCCGGAAAUCCUGAAAGUGGCCUCCCAAGAUCUCAGUGACUGUCGCCUGGAGGUGGUCGGCCUGGAAGGAGCCAUGGAGAUGGGGCAGAUCUACACGGGCCUGAAGAGCGCGGUGCGGCUCGCCAAGACAUCGCAGCUCACCAUCAGGACAAAGAAAGCGCUGCCGAUGCAGAUAGACGGCGAGCCGUGGAUGCAGCCUCCCUGCACGAUCCACAUCACCCACAAGAACCAAGCCAGUAUGUUGAUGGCGCCUCAGGCCAAAUCCACCGGGUUCUUCAACUACAAAUGAAAUCAACUGACUACACGCACUUGGUCGUUGUAAAUAAAGGACCGACACGUAUAUAUAUAUAUAUAUAUAUAUAUAUAUGAGAAUCAAUUUGAAUGUGUAUGUUGUAGAAUAACCACAAUCGUUACAGUCUCUGUAACUCAUAACCAAAGCAUGGCACUGUACGAAUUUACAAACUGUACAAUUUGCAUCGUGGCAAAAUGUAUUCCUCCGAAUUUCACCACUCUCUCGCCACCGCCUCCGCCUCUGUCUCGCCACUUUGCACGCUCAGCGGAAAAAAUAAUGCUGCUGCUCUGCCCGGGAACUUACAGUCAAAAUGAAUGUCGUGCUAAAAGAAAAGAACGUUCAGCUUCAUGUGCCUUCACAGUCUGUUCUUCAUGGUCACAAGGCUUCGGUAGAAGAAGAUAUACAGACCUGCACUUUGGGCGUCAUAGACCAUGUGGCUGUUUUGUGUUGUGGCUGUGAAAGCCAGAUGUAUGUCCAUGUCCAUGUCCAUGUCCUUGUCCAUGUCCAUGUCCAUGUCCUUGUCCAUGUUUGCAACGGGAGUGAAGGACGGAUGAGAUCAUUUUUCAGAUUAUGGCUGAAAAAAGUUAGUUUUUUAAAUUUUAUUUCAGAAGAUACUUGAAAGUGUUGAAGGGAACAGUAACAGGACAAUAAACGCCAAAACGGCUGCAUGAUGAUGCGCCGCAGCAGUUGGCCUCCGCUCCGCUGUUCCUGAUUUUGUGUGUUUGUGUUGUGCGUGCGCGCGUGAUUGUAUAAAUCUUUGUGAGGACCAGUUUGAAUUGUUGAUCUUCAUGGAGUGAGGACACAUUGGCCAGUCCUCAUUAGUUCAAAGGGUUGUUUGAGGGUUGAGGUUAGAGUUCAUUGUGUGUGUGUGCGUGUGCGUGUGCGUGUGCGUGUGCGUGUGGGUGUGUCAGUACGUGUUUAUGCGUAGAAAACUGAGAUACGUUAACUUCUAACUUAUAAUAAAUUGGAUUUGAAACCACUGGUUCAAACCUGCUUAAACAUACAUAAUCUUUAUUUAAACGCUUGUAAUCAAUCAUAUCAUUUCAAUAUAUCUUGAGGAUGUAUGAUGUAUGUAAUAUGCCUGAAAUAACACACUGUGUAAAGAUUUGAAUAAAUCAUCUGGGCUUCUGA